UUACAAAACAUAAAACGCUGAAAUGCAGAAGAAAGCCGGCGGAGGAUUCUUCUCCUUUUUUAAGACUGAAAGAGGUCGAAAGCUGAUCUUCUAUGCAGCGGGAGCCACCACAGUUUCCCUUUUUGUGGGCAAUUUUCUGCCGCACUCAUUUGGUCUGAAGUAUUACCGAGACUUUGUGCAGUGCUACCAACACGGCGUAGAGCGUCCUGUGCCGGAGGCAGUGCAGCAGCGGCUGCAGAAGGCUUUGGAUCAGUUGGGCCUAGCGCCCUUUGAGCGGAAAUUUGUGAAGCCCUUUACCGUCUUUGGAUUCGAUCUGUUCCAGGCGGGGACAACUAGGUUGCGCUUUGGUGGCGCUCUAGGCAUUCCCGUGAACUAUGGUUAUGGAAGUCCGGAAGAGAUUAAAAGGGCGGACAUUCGCUUCAGGGAUCAACAAAUCAAUUGGAAUUCUCCCAGCGGAAAGCUUCUUGAACAGGCCAUCGUUUUAAAUGAGGAUGAACAGAUUUUCGGUUUGAGCAAGGCUGUGCUGCAGUUGCAAACGCAUCGUGUGCUUCUUAACUCAAUCUUCCCCAGCGUCAGCUUUCUCAUGGUCUACACCAUGGGUCACUACCUUAACCUGCGUCUUGAUCUCUUUGCACGCCAUGGAAGUGUACGCUUCGUGCUUUACAGCAUUCUGGGACUCUUUGGCUUGGGCAUCUGGUCUUUUAUGAAAGAUUUUAAUCAAGUGUCCACGGAUGCAGAGAUUGACAAGAAGCUAGCCAGCAUGGGUGGUCAGUACGUAGCAGCCGGAGCUAGCUACUACGAUAAGCAUUUAAAGAAGAACAUUGCGCUGAGAGAAUUGAUCGGUGAUGACACCUACACUGCUCUGGGUAACGAAAACUAUAUGCUUCGUCAAAAAUCAAUGCCUCUGACAGCGCGAAAAUCAUUCUUUCUGGAAAAGCUGGAGGAACUCAAGAAGGCACAAGAAACAGAAACACAAUAAACUGAUAAAUUGUUAUGUUUUUAUUGCCGAUUAACGAAAAAAUAGUUCCAAUUAUUUUACAAAUAUCAAUAUGGUGUAGCCUAUAACAGUGGAUAGUUGUCCUUAACCUAAAAAAAUUUCGAUCGGAUUAUCUCCAGAGGAGUCUCGUAAAUUGACUAGAAAUCAUGUUAUAACGCUGGAAAUGUAGCUUGGAAUGCGAAGAUUGCACGUGGUUAAACUUCAUUAAAAUGUUUCUUCGCCAACAACAUCACUGAUGGUGGCCACUAGACGUCGGGCGUGCUCCACGGCACAUGUGGCGGU